UGCUCGCGCUUGGUCUCGCCGAGCUCCGUGCGCGCCCGCGCGCUGCCCGAGGCGCAGGUCAACCAGAAUCAACAUGUCUGGGACUGAGGAAGCAAUUCUUGGACGCCGUGACAGCCAUCCUUCUUCUGCUGGUGGCAGCUCUGUAUUAUGCUUUGGUCAGGUAACUGGCUGUUUCAUACCUGGAAAGAAUGAGGUCAAGUGAAAGAGGAUGAGGAAGCAAUUUGGGGAGCAGUGUUGCUCUUUCUUGUUAGUAGUUUUUUCCUUUAGAUGCAUUAUUUGGGAGUCUUUAAUGAACUCUGAGGUUCAUUGAAACUUUAACAUCAAAAGACUAAUAAUACUGGCGAUUACAUUUACAUUGACAUUUUAUUUAUUUUUUGGAUAGAUUACAUAUUCAUAGGAUAUAACAUUCAAAUUAGACAAAGACCCUGUGUGAAAAGUCUCACUAUUUUGCCAUCACCGCUGUCCAUGGCUCACCCAGGUCUCUUUUUUGGAGGCAUCCAACGUUCCUUGUGUCCUAUUCUUUGUGGAGAUAUUGUAUACAUAUAAGAGAUUCUUGCUUUGUCCACCCAAAUUCUGUCUUUGUCUUUGCUAGAGAUCUGUUUGUGAGUAUUUACUUUAUUUGAAUAGGGAAAAGGGAAAACUACCCGGGGACAAAAAUCAAAACAAGCAGUCAUGUGUUUAUCUGUGAGUAGGAUGGAAAUGGCUGAGGUAAAGGAGAGUAUAAACCUUUGGAGAGGACAGAUGGGAGCAAGACUUCCUGUCACCUCUUCUCUCCCCACCUGCUUGCCUGCAUAAACAUCAUAUCCAGACUAUGAGUACCAGUACACAGCAGAAGAGUACCAGGCCAUCCAGAAUGCUCUGAGGCAGAGGCUGGGCCCGGAAUACAUAAGUAGACGCAUGGCUGGAGGAGGCCAGAAGGUAGGAGAGUUUAUAUGCCUGAAAAGUGCGUGCCCAUAUUGCUGGCUGCUCAGAUGAUCUUGCCGACUCCCACUCUGAGCCCUCAUGGAUUCAGAAGGUGUCUUGUUCAUUGUUAUUAGAUGUUUCCUAGUGUCUUUGGGAGGGGAUGGGCUCCAGCCGUCAUUGUCAUCUGAAGUGACCCAAGCAUUGUCUUGAGACUCCCUUCCCUAAGACAGAACAUUAGUUCUAACUGCCUCCUUCUGGAAGAUCUUUGACAUAAGUUCACUGAGAAUUUCCCUGGAAUGUUUAAGGGCAGUUUUGCCAAAAUAGCUGGUAAGGAAUAAAUUAAGUAAAUUUUGAUCCAUAUUUAAAUAUGGCAAGGAAUUUAACAAGCUUUUUUUUCUUUAACAUUUUUUUUUUCCAGGUGUGUUACAUUGAGGGUCACAGGGUAAUUAAUCUAGCCAAUGAGAUGUUUGGUUAUAACGGCUGGGCGCACUCUAUCACACAGCAGAAUGUGGAUUUUGUUGACCUUAACAACGGCAAGUUCUACGUGGGAGUCUGUGCAUUUGUGAGAGUCCAGCUGAAGGAUGGCUCAUAUCAUGAAGAUGUGGGCUAUGGUGUUAGUGAGGGCCUCAAGUCCAAAGCCUUGUCUUUGGAGAAGGCAAGGAAGGAGGCAGUGACAGAUGGGCUGAAGCGAGCAUUGAGAAGUUUUGGGAAUGCACUUGGAAAUUGUAUUCUGGACAAAGACUAUCUGAGGUCACUACAAAAGCUUCCAUGCCAGUUGCCUCUUGAAGUGGAUUUAACUAAAGCAAAGAGACAAGAUUUUGAACCAUCUGUGGAACAUGCGAGAUACAGCAGCUACCGACAGAACAAGGCUCUGGGACCCCCAGGACCACAGGAGGUGACCUCCCCUUGCAGAACAAACCACUCAGAUGAUCUCCACGUUGUGAUCCGGGGGGAUGAAGACAGCAGAUCCCGAAGCCUGGCCUCUGCUGUGGAGAGGGACGCCACAUACCAGCGCAAGCUCCGGCAAAAACAGUUGCAGCAGCAGUUCCGGGAGCAAAUGGAGAAACAGCAGCAACUUCAGCUACCUGCUCCCUCAGUUGAAAAGAAGGAUGAGGCGGCGCUGCCGGUGCCUCCUUUGAAGCACAGCACUCCUGUAGCUGCGGUUUCAGAGCCACUCACUGAGGACCUCCUUGCAGCCCUUGCAGACAAUCUUGAAAUGUGGGAUAUGGCUCCAGAAGCAGGGGACAGUGUUGUCAAGCCCUUGGCUAAACCAGAACCACCCCAAACUGCUGCCACACCAGUCCCGAAGAAUCAGAUGGUGACCCGAAGCAGGACCCCACAAAGCCUUUGCCAUGAGAAUCCACGAGUAAAACCUGGACCCUGGCACCUCCAAGCUCACAAUGUUAACCAACACACAACAGCAAACUCUGAUUCCUAUAAGCAGAACCAGGACAUGAAGAAAAGGAAACUGGAUCCAUCUUAACUGAGGCUCAGGUCCCAUCAUUGGACUGUCACAAAGGGACUUUCAAAAACCCCUUUUUAGUCAUGAAAUUCUUCAUCAUUCCUAGGGGAUGAGCUUUAUUUCCAAGGGUUUACCUUGCUUCAUUCUGAACUCCACCAGAGGAUUUGCCUGUUGGAACUGCAGAUGCAGCUGAGCAGCUGGAAAACAAGCUCUUAAAAAAGCUAGUCACACACUGCAGUGGGGAGGCUCCAGGAAGAUCACAUACCUUUUCUUUGGCUCUUUUGAGGCUCUUCACUAUUUAUUUAUUCCUAAACUAUUAUGUUAAUAAAGAGAGAAAUUUUAGGAAUCACCUGUGGCUGCCUGCUCUCAAGCAAUAUAAGCCAUACUACUAAGCACCAACUUUAACAACAGUCCACAUUAAAUUAUUGUGAGUAAUCUCUGUCUUCGUUCACUUUUGGGCUCAUGUUUUUAACGUUGCUUACAUGAGUGCUGUGAACAAAGGCUAUAGUGGUAUUUUACUACUUUGCAUCAGUCCAGGCUACAAUCUUCAUCUGUGGUAAUCUGUCAUUUACAGGUCUGUGUCACUAUCCUGCAUUUUUUCCUAAUCAAGGAAAGAAUUAUCUCACAUGAAAGAAAAGGCAUUUGAAGAAAGCAAAAUAAAUCCUUUACUUUACUUUGUAACCAAAUAGAAAAUAUAAGUAGCUGUUUAUAUUUCCCCAUUUCAGAUGUGAGAUAUAACCCACCUUAACAUAAAUUAUUUUUUCAUUGUGUUCAGAUGUUUCAUAAUUCCUUCUCCCAAAUAAUGAGUUUGCAAUUUUACUUGUUAAGAUGGAUUUUGGGUCGUGCCUUUUAUCUAAUCAUGAAACAGUGGCUUUUAUCAUUUUCUGGAUCACAGGCCCAUCUGUGGGAAGCUGUGAUCCCGAGGCAGGUCCUAGCCGAUGCUAAAGGGACUGGCACUGAAGUGCAGCAAGGCAGUCAGCCUUUCUGUUCCUUUGGAAGACGAAUGGCAGGAGCUAACCCUCAUCGCCCUUUUACCUUAUCUGUUGUUGCAUGGAUUUGGCCAUAUAUUCAUCUUUUGAUUUUGAUAUCCUUACCAUUUUCUUCAGAAAAAAUAUCAUCUUCCUUGUCUGCAGCAUAAUCUUAGUUCAGGUCAGAAGUGCCACUAAAAAUAGUUCCUGGAAUUGGGAAUCUAGUUAUAAAUUGCACACAACUCAAAACAGCUAAUGAGAUCAUGAAAAAGGAAUUUGCUAGAAAUGAAACCUCACAGCUCAACAAAAGCAAGUUUGGUUUAUUUGAAUGGUUUCAUUAAAUAAGUCUACAAAGGUAACAAACUGAAGCAUAAGCGCAAUCUUACAAGAAGCGCAACACCCAGAGUUAGUGCAAAAUGUACAAUUCACGGCUGCUGAGGAACCCCCAAGGUUUGAAUUCAGUUUAUUUGUUUUUUUAAACAGUGUACACUGUUAAAUAAUGUAAGGAAAACAUUUAUAAUUCAGAAAGAUUUUUUUUAAUGUGGAAAAAGAUACUCAAAGUGUACUAUUAACACAAAAAUAAUUUAAACAGUUCAGUAGCACUAGUUCAUUUCUCUAGGCUUCAGUUAUUUCAUCCACAGGAGGGGAAAAAAAAAUCAACAGUAAAUAAAACCAGUUCUUACUUUUUGUGUGUGAGUGAAGAGACCUCAAAAUUAUAUUAAACCAAAAUAAAACAAUAAUGUACUGCA